AAACGUUCAAUCUCAGUCAUGUUUCACCUUCAUGAAUCUGAGUGGCGGGUGAAGGAGACUGGAAAUGAAGAAAUUACUGGGUAAUUGGCUACUGGCUUAUUAUGAAUCUUUUCGUCAUUCGUCGGAUCAGAGAGGGAAAUAGCUUGGGGAUGGGUCAAUGGCGAAGCAAUUAUUGGUAUCAGAUGCCUUCAGAUCAUUGAAGCCCAAUCGUUCUAUUCCCAAACUGAAAGCUUCUCCUUCAUCGGCACCUUCAAAUUCCUUACCAAUCAAAGCGUCUCCGUCGACCUCCGCAUCAAAAUCAAACUCGCCGUGGUCGGUGUACUUGAUCUUGUCUACCAAUCCGCCUAUCAAAACCUACGUUGGAGUCACCACCAAUUUCACCCGCCGUUUGAAGCAACAUAACGGUGAUCUUAAAGGAGGUGCAAAGGCAUCUCGUUCAGGAAGGCCAUGGAUAUGUGCAUGCCUUAUUGGAGGAUUUAAGGACAGAAGUGAAGCUUGUACUUUUGAAUCAAGAUGGAAACAACUUUCCAAGAAACUGGCACGUAAAGGAAAAAGCAAUGGGCUGCAGAAGCUGGAAGAAACUAAAUCUGUUGUUUUAUUGAAACAUAGAUAUGCAGCUCUGGAUCAAGUCAAAAACACGAUCGAUUGCAGUCGCUUAAUAAUUGAUUGGCAUUCUAAUUUUUAUUGAUUAUGUGGAUGCAGAAUUGCAGCCUUGUCAUUUCUUCCAGAUACAAGCAAGAUGCACUGACUUCUGUCUAUACAUGUAUGUAUGCUUACAACACAUUAGAGUUAUGCUCGUUGGGUCGGCACCAUAUUGUCUAUAUAGAAACCGUCUACAAUUGUGUUUUUGAAGAAGAAUCAUGGCACACCUGAUAAAGUACUUCUGUGUGAGGUUAGGGUCUCGUGGAUUCAAGUCUUGGACCUCUUGUAAAAGAAUUUGAGGUAAGGUUUGCCUACACAUCCAUGUGGUUCACUAGUCUGCCCUUUAGAAGAUGUAGUAGUGAAGCUACAGUUUUGUCUAAAAUGGUUGAUUUUUUUGGUGAAUUGUCAGAAAGUUGUUUGUUUACUCAAUAAGGUUGUAAAUACUUA